AUGUACAGAUUGCUAUUAGUUGAUCCAAACACAGAAGUUUCAAUGUAUGAAUCAGAUGACAUAAUCAAGUAUCUGGAACCAGAAACUUAUAGCUUGCCCAUUUGUUGCUUAUGUUAUUUGCAGGGUUCUAUCUAUAAGCCAUCAAAGCUUCCACCUGCUCCACUAGAAAUAUGGGCAUAUGAGGGUUCUCCUUUUUGCAAACUUGUUCGUGAAGUGCUUGUAGAGUUGGAGUUACCACAUUUAGGAGUUAUCACUAAACAAAUGACUGCAAUAGAAGAAAUGGUUGCAAGUGAGUACAAUUAGCCAGACCCUCAUCUUUGUGACAAGAUCUUGAAGUUGGUCAUUUGUGAAGCGUUCUACUUUGCUAUUAGUUGCAGUUUUAGUUAUUGCUCUCUCAAUAUAUUCUUUUUCUUUCUUUCUUUCUUUUUUUCCAAAGGAUGAUCAGUGUAAUAAUUAAGCUUCAUAAUUUCUGUGUUUGGAUCCAAGUUGUAUAUAAAUGUCACAUUAUUAAGAUUUCA